AUGAUGACUAUGAACACCAAGCAGCCGUUCUCCAUGCACCCCAUGAUACAGGAGACCAAAUAUUCCGGGCUGCACUCAGGUUCGGAGUCUAUGCGCAGAGUUUGCCUGCCCGCACCACAGCUUCAGGGCAAUAUAUUCGGAGGCUUUGAUGAGAGUCUGCUGGCCCGCGCGGAAGCUUUGGCGGCUGUUGACAUUGUCUCUCACGGCAAGAGCCAUCCUUUCAAGCCCGACGUGACCUACCAUACCAUGAGCAGUGUCCCCUGCACCUCUACCUCCUCUACAGUGCCCAUAUCUCACCCUUCCACACUGACCUCCCAUCACCACCUCCACCAAGGCUUGGAAGGAGAUCUCCUGGACCACAUCUCGUCCAGUCUGUCGGUGAACGGGAUGGGAGCGCCGGAUCCGUCUGUGAUGACCACUCAAGCCCAUCAGCAUCACCUGCAGACUAUGGGUCACCUGCACCAAGCCAUGGCCAUGGGACAUCCGCACUCCCUGUCCACGCACAACGGGAUGGCCUGCAUUAACGACGUAGAAUCCGAUCCGCGAGAGCUGGAAGCAUUCGCCGAACGAUUCAAACAAAGGAGGAUCAAGCUCGGGGUCACUCAGGCGGACGUCGGGUCAGCCCUCGCCAACCUGAAGAUACCCGGAGUCGGUUCUCUGAGCCAGAGCACCAUCUGCAGGUUCGAAUCCCUGACCCUGUCGCACAAUAACAUGAUAGCCCUUAAACCAGUCCUCCAAGCUUGGCUGGAAGAGGCGGAGGCGGCAUUUCGGGAGAAAAACAGCAAGCCAGACCUUUUUAACGGUAACGAAAGAAAGCGAAAACGUACUUCAAUAGCCGCACCAGAGAAGCGGUCUUUGGAGGCUUAUUUUGCAAUCCAGCCCCGUCCUUCUUCGGAAAAAAUCGCCGCUAUUGCAGAGAAGCUGGACCUUAAAAAGAACGUGGUUCGUGUUUGGUUUUGUAAUCAAAGACAAAAACAAAAACGAAUGAAAUAUUCAGCGGGACAUUAA